AUGGAGCAAUCUUCCUGUUUCAAGGAAGCUCUUCUCUCCUUUAAAUCUUUGUCUGCUAACCCUAUCUCUUAUGAGAAUAUUAUGAAUGCUGCUGGCUCUCCAGAAGUUCCUGAUGCUCCUUCUGAUGGAGGUGUUUCAUUGUUAGAUCUUAUUGUUCCCCAAUUUGCUCCGGCCUCUGUGGUCUUGGAUGAACUCCCUCAAGUUAAGCAAGACAUUGUGGAGCUCACAAAAUCUUGUCUGAUAGGUAAAAUGCUUAGCUCUGUUGUUGACACUCGUACCAUUAUUUCUCGUACCAAAGCUGAUUGGAAAUUUAUUAAAGGGGAGGUGGAAUACCUUGAAAUGGGUAAUGGUUGGCUUAUGCUCAAAAUUUCUAACCCUGGGGACCUUUCUCUCGUAUGGAGUGAAAGGCCCUGGCAUGUUCAUGGUGAUAUCUUUGUGAUUUAUCCUUGGCGCCCAUCUUUUGAUCCUUACCUUGAGGAGAUAAAGUGGGUAGAUUUGUGGAUUCGUAUUCCUAGACUUCUUACUGAGUUACUCAAUUUUGAUUAUGUGGCUAGCUUUUUAUCCUUGUUAAGGCAUAAAAUUAGAUUUGCUCGUGCUUGUGUUCGUGUUGAUAUCAAAUCCCCUCUGUUAGAAUUUGCUGAGGUCUGUAGGCAUGGUGACCUUGUUCAAGGUUAUGUUAUCUGGUAUGAAGACUUUUCUUCAGGUUGCUCCUUUUGUGGGUCUGAUGACCAUAUUAUUGACUGUUGUCCUCUAUUAACCUCCCCUAAAAAGGAGAUGAAAGUGCGUCUUAUGAAAAAUCCCACACAUAAUUAUCUUUAUGAUAAUCUAGGUAAAGCCGGCCAAGCUAAUCUUGAUACUACAGCUGAGCAAGCUUAUGUAGUUCAAGCUCAGGCUAAGCAUGUAGCUAAUGCUGCAAUGGGUAAGAUGGCUAAGAAGGUGGUACCCCCAAAAAAACGUUAUAACCCUGUCAGAUCUUCUUUUUCCAAGAAAACUAAUGUGUUUCAUGAACGUAUUGAUGAUUCUAACCCUCUUGUGGGUAUUCCUGAAAAUGUUGCUUUGAAAUCUAGCCAUGGUAUUGUAAUCAAGGAACCUUCUGAGGUUCCUAGGUCUGCUGGUAAGGCUUCUGAGGUUGGUUUAGUUCCUCCUGCUGUUGCUGAGAAGAAAAUGAGAACAGAUGCUAUGCUUGAUAAAGGUAAGGGAAAGCUUAUCAUUGCUUCCCCCCACAGUUGA